AUGCGGAGAGCUCCAACAGCGCUCGCCCUCCCAGCAGGAAUUGCGAGCACCACGCCCAUGUUGUCAGCAUUUACGGCGCGGCCGCUGGUCGAGCUGAAGCCGCGCGACAAGUCACGUAUCGACUCCGUCCUAGCCUACGGCGACCGCCUCCUAGCCGGCCUGAACAAUGGCAACCUCCGCAUCUACCGCGUCACCGACGACGGCAAGACCGAACUCCUACGCGAACUGGAGAAAUUCUCCCGAUAUAAGAUCGAGCAGCUGGCCCUGAUUAAGGAGGCCAACGUACUCGUUUCUCUGGCUGGUGGUUAUGUCUCGCUGCAUGAUGCGCAGUCUUAUGAGGUUGUUGAGGUGCUUGCGCAGACUAAGGGUGCUUCUGCUUUUGCUAUUACCUCUAAUGUCGUUAAUGAUCCUGAUACCAAUGUCCCUGCUAUUGUUUCUCGUCUUGCUGUUUCUGUUAAGAGGAAGAUCCUCAUGUGGGUGUGGCGGGAUAUGGAACUGGAGCGCGAUACUACUGAGUUGAGUUUGGUUAGUGGGGUUAAGACUCUCACUUGGGUUGCGGCUGAGCGGCUGGUUGUUGGGUUGAACUCGAGUUUUGUCAUGGUCAACCUUGAGAGUGGCCAGGUGACGGAUUUGGCUGGUCCGGGCAGCGUUGAGGAGUCUGGUCGAUUCACGGGUGUCGGGGCUGCGAGUAUGAGCUAUAUCGGUAUGGGUGGGAUGGUGCCGCGGCCGCUUGCGACAAGACUUAGGGAAGGCCAGAUUCUGUUGGCCAAGGAUAUCAAUACCCAUUUCAUCGAUGUCGAUGGCCAACCGCUUGGUCGGAAGCAGAUUCCCUGGAGCCAUGCGCCGAUGGAACUGGGAUAUUCGUACCCUUUUCUGUUGGCUUUGCAUGAUUCGGCCAAGGGCGUGCUCGAGGUUCGCAACCCGGAGACCUUGUCUCUCUUGCAGUCUAUUCCCUUGCCGUCUGCUAGUAUUCUGCACAUUCCACAGCCGAACAUCAGUCUCGCUCAUGCCGGGAAAGGGUUCCUGGUGGCGAGUGAUCGCACCAUCUGGCGCAUGGAAGCUCUGAGCUAUGAUACCCAAAUCGACACUUUGGUCGAAAAGGGCUAUCUGGAUGAAGCUAUCAGCUUACUCGGAAUGCUGGAGGAUGCUCUUCUCCGGGAUAAACCUGGCCGGUUACGCUCGACGAGAUUGGAAAAGGCGCAAAGCUUGUUUGCCUUGAACAAGUACCGCGAGUCGUUGGACCUCUUUACUGAAGUUUCCGCGCCCCCGGAAAGUGUCAUUCGCCUGUACCCCCGCUUGAUCGCGGGUGAUCUGUCGACUGUCCCAGAGCCUGAUGCUCCAAAUGGCAAGGCCAACGGGUCACAAACUGAAGGCUCGUCGGAUGAUGCAGCUCCAGGGCAAACGUCCACUCAUCCCCCGUCCGUCAGAUCAUCUAUGCGCAAACCUGACGAGGGCAGCGAGUCGAGCAGCAUCCGUGGAGACGAGAAAGGUCUUCGAAUAGCAGUCCGCGAACUACAGGGCUAUCUAGCAGAUGUCCGCCGACGCUUCCAGCGCUUCCUCAACCCCGACGGUUCUCUCAAGGCUGCUGCGCCAUCCGAAGCCAAAGACGAAGCCAGUGACUCGGUCCUCAAGCUACUGGACUUCCCAUCUACCGAGGAUUUCGCUACGCAGCUCCGAGCCAAGGCCAGACUGGUCGACACCACCUUGUUCCGCGCACACAUGUUCGCGACGCCAUCGCUAGCCGGGUCUCUUUUCCGCAUCGCCAACUACUGCGAUCCAGAUGUUGUCAUGGAACGACUCGAGGAAACAGGUCGCUACAACGACUUGAUUGACUUCCUCUACGGCAAGAAAUUGCAUCGCCAAGCACUUGAAUUGUUGCAGCGCUUUGGUCAGACAGAGAACGGUCCCUUGAGUGGUCCGACGCGCACUGUCGCCUAUCUCCAAAACUUACCCCCCGACCAGAUCGAUCUGGUCAUCGAGUUUGGAGAAUGGCCUAUUCGCGCUAAUCACGAGUUAGGAAUGGAGAUUUUCCUGACUGACACUGAAAACGCCGAGACCCUCCCUCGCCCUCAUGUUCUUGGGUUCCUCGAGAAAAUAGACACCACGCUUGCCAUUCACUACCUUGAACAUGCCAUUAAUGAAUGGAACGACAUGACGCCCGACAUACAUCAGCGGCUACUCAUCCUAUAUCUAGAUCAACUUACAUCCGACAAAGGGGAAUGGAAAGACAAGUUCUUGACCAUGUUGAAAGAGAGCGAACAAUACUCGCCAGCGAAGAUGUUAGAUCGGCUUGAUCGAGAGGAUCCCAACUUCUACGAAGCCCGCGCUAUCCUAUUUAGCAAAAUGGGACAGCACAGACAAGCACUGGAGAUCUACGUCUUCAAACUGGAAGACCACGGGAAAGCAGAAGAAUACUGCAACCAAAUCCACCUCGCCGAAAAGAAAGAAGAAGAGAACUCAAUCUACCUAACCCUCCUCUCCCUCUAUCUCUCCCCACCGCACGGCUACAAACCGCAAUACGACCCUGCAAUCGACCUCCUAGCCAAACACGGCUCCAGACUUCCAGCCGAGUCCGCUCUGAAACUCAUACCAGACCAACAAGCCGUGCAGAAACUGGAAUUCUAUUUCAAGGGCCGCAUGCGCGCUGCGAACUCUGUCUUCAAUGAAGCGCGCAUCGUGGCUAAUCUGCGUAAAGCGCACGAUAUGGAGGUCCAAGCGCGGUUGGCUAUUGGUGAAGGUGUUCGUGGGAACGGUUCGCGUGCUCGCCAUGUUACUGUUACCGAGGAGCGGAUUUGUGGUGUUUGUCAUAAGCGGUUGGGUGGGAGUGUGAUCAAUGUGUUUCCCGAUAACACGGUUGUUCAUUUGGGGUGUGCGAAUCGGAAACCUAGUGUUCGAUCUGGGUAA